CAGACAGAGAGAGGUGCAAUUAAGAAAGUUGGGGGAAAUUACAGGGCAGGAGAAAAUACUGCGUUGUAAUAGAGCCUGCUGAUAACUUAACAGGACAGAGACCGGGACGGAGGGAUAGAGAGAAGGCAGUCAGAGGAAUUGUAGAGAGGGGGAACAACAGGGAGAGACGGGGAGGAAAUGAGUGAGAAAGAAGAGGUAGAUAGAGGGACAGAAGAGAGAAGCAGCUGGAACAGUGUAGUAUACGCUAGUUAACUGGACACAGUGGACAGACCACACUGCACUAACCUCUAGCUCAUCUUCGUUCUGUUGUAAAGACUGGAUCUAUGAGACUGAACUGCUGUCUAGAACACCUGAGCAAAAGUCCAUUCAAUGUCUUGUGGGCCCAGAAGAAGUGAAGGUGAAAAUGGUUCGCUGGUUCCACAGGGAUAUCUCUGGCUUGGAUGCUGAGUCUGUUUUGAAGAGCCGGGGCGUCCAUGGCAGCUUCCUGGCCCGACCCAGCAGGAAGAACCAGGGAGACUUCUCUCUCUCUGUCAGGGUGGGUGAGCUGGUGACCCACAUCCGUAUCCAAAACACAGGGGACUUCUACGACCUGUAUGGAGGGGAGAAGUUUGCCACGCUGUCCGAGCUGGUGGAGUACUACACUGCAGAGAAUGGGAUCCUGCAGGACAAAGACGGCACCAUCAUCGAGCUCAAAUACCCCUUCAACUGCUCUGACCCCACCACCGAGAGGUGGUAUCACGGACACCUGUCAGGCCCCAACGCAGAGAAGUUGCUAUGGGAACGGGACGAGCCGGGCACCUUCCUGGUGCGGGAGUCUCUGUCCAAACCUGGAGACUUUGUUCUGUCUGUUCUGACUGAGGAGAAGAGCAAGGCAUCCAGCGGAGGGAGGAGGGUCUCACACAUCAAGAUCAUGUGCCAGAAUGACCGGUACACGGUGGGAGGCACAGAGAUGUUUGACACCCUGGCUGACCUGAUGGAGCACUACAAACGCAAAGGCAUCGAGGAGAUGUCUGGAACCUGGGUGCACCUCAAACAGCCCUACUUCUCCACCAGAGUGAAUGCAGCAGACAUUGACAGCAGAGUGAGGCUGCUGGACCAGAUGGCCGAGAGAGAGAACGAGGGAGACAAGAAGAGCAAAGCAGGAUUCUGGGAGGAGUUUGAUACCCUUCAAAAGCAGGAGACAAAGGUGAAGAAGAGCAGAGAAGAAGGGAUGAGACCAGAAAACAAAAGCAAAAACCGAUAUAAGAACAUCCUUCCCUUUGAUGAGACCAGGGUCAUUCUGUCAUCUGGAGACCCCGAUAUCAUUGGCUCAGAUUACAUCAAUGGCAACUAUGUGACAAAUAAGUUACAAGAGUCCGGUGACCCGAAGGUGUACAUUGCCUGUCAGGGCUGCCUUGCAACAACUGUCAAUGAUUUCUGGCAGAUGGUGUGGCAAGAGAGGACAAGGGUCAUCGUCAUGACAACCAGGGAGGUCGAGAAGGGACGGAAUAAAUGCGUGCCAUACUGGCCAGAAAUGCAGGGUUCCAAAGAGGUGGGGCCGUAUGUGGUCACUUGUGUCUCUGAGAGAGAUGCCACUGACUACAAGAUCAGGGUUAUGGAGAUCUCCCCUCUGGAUCAGUCGGAUUCGGUCCGUACUAUCUGGCACUACCAGUACCUGAGCUGGCCCGACCAUGGAGUUCCCGAGGAGCCAGGAGGGGUGCUCAGCUUCCUCACUCAGGUCAACACAAAACAGGCCGAGUUCGCCAACGCCGGGCCAAUGAUCAUCCACUGCAGUGCUGGAAUAGGCCGAACUGGCACCAUUGUGGUGAUCGACAUGAUCAUCCAGACCAUCGACACGAAAGGUCUGGACUGUGACAUAGACAUCCAGAAGAGCAUCCAGAUGGUGAGAGACCAGCGGUCAGGCAUGGUGCAGACUGAAGCCCAGUACAAGUUCAUCUACCUGGCCGUCUCUGAGUACAUAGAGGCCUCCAAGACCUACAACAAGGGAGCUGAGACAGAGUAUGGAAAUUUGCAGUUCAAACACCAGCCUGCCAGCCGCAAGGUCUCCAAAAACAAGGAACAGGAAUUGUAUGAAAACCUAGCCAAAGGAAAGAAAGAUGUGAAGAAGCAGAAGUCAGAGGAGAAGAAGAGUGGCUCCGUGAGAAAAAGAUAGAGGAUGAGAGAGCUGUGUCCUGAUGAUUUAAUAUUGAAUUUGAUAUCAACUUUUUAUUUUAAAAUAUGUAUUUGAGUGUUUUUUGAUAUCAAGCGAUAAAGUUGAUGUCUGUGAUAUAAUGAAGAUUAUAAAGCAAAGUACUGAUAGAUUUGGGCCCUGGGCCGUGAACCAUGGAACCAUUCUGCACCCAUGCAAAUGGUAAUGUAUUGACAUUUUUGCUGACAAUAAAGGCUCAGAGUAAUAUGCA